GCUAUCUGUCAGAAAAACAUCCCGAGCAGGAAUCCGCUACACGGACACACGUCACUAACGCCGCCGCUGCUAAUAGUCGUUCAUUUUCGGGGUUAGGAGCCUCAUUUGACACUCAGAGAGAACAUGGCCGCGCGUAGGUAACCCUCCCGGGGCUGCCGCUGCCUCCUCAGCCGGCUGAAGGACGGAGCAGGACGGACAGACACAGAUGGAGAGGCCGAGCAGGCAGCUGCUGCUGUCCGAACUGCGCGUCAGAAGCACCGCGUACGACGUGAGCCUGAGCCGGUCCCUGCUCACCUGGAAGAGACGGAUCUCCAGCCCGGUGUACCAUCCGUUUAGACCCAGUGUGUGUCACAGCGUGCCAGUGUCAGAGAUCAUCUCUGUCAGAGAGGAAGAGGAGGAGAACAGCAGCAGACGAAGAGACGAUGGCAACUGGAAAAAGAUCAAAGAGAGAGAAGGGAAGGACUGCAGGCAGGCCUUCACAGUGUCGUAUGUGGAGAGGUGUCGGCGGCACCGCUGGCGGUCUGCUGAGGUCACCUUCACGUGUCCAGAGGAGGCGCUGUGUCAGCACUGGGUCAGCAGCAUCAGAGAGCAGCUCGCCGCCAACACCAGCAGACCCAAAAACCUGCUGGUCUACAUCAAUCCGUAUGGUGGGAAGCGACAAGGCAAACACAUCUACGAGCAAAAGGUUGCACCGUUGUUCACGCAGGCAGGCGUCUCCACACACGUCAUCGUGACAGAGUAUGCCAAUCAUGCGAGGGAUCACCUGAAGACAGAGGCAGAGCUGAAGAAGUUUGAUGGGGUGGUGUGUGUCGGAGGUGAUGGUAUGUUCAGUGAGGUGAUGCAUGGCCUGGUCUGGAGGACACAGAUCGACAGCAGUGUGGAUCCAAACUGUCCUGAUGAAGCUCUGCUCCCCAGCUCGCUUCGCAUUGGAAUCAUUCCUGCAGGUUCAACUGACUGUAUCUGCUUUGCCACUGUGGGCACCAACGACCCUGUGACCUCUGCACUGCACAUCAUUAUUGGAGACUCUCAGCCGAUGGACGUAUGCUCGGUUCACCACAACAACACGUUCCUGCGAUACUCCGUCUCCCUGCUGGGAUACGGUUUCUAUGGCGAUGUUUUAACUGACAGUGAGAGGAAGAGAUGGAUGGGACCGGCCAGAUACGACCUCUCAGGUGUGAAGAUGUUCCUGACUCAUCAUUACUAUGAAGGAACAGUGUCCUACCUGCCGGCCAGAGGCAUCGUAGGAACGCCAAGGGACGCUGCUAGAUGUCGCUCAGGCUGUUUGGUUUGUCAGCACAACGGGCAGCUACUUUCAGAGAAAGCCGAGAUGUAUGAGAUGGAUGACACAUCAGACAGCCAGAGUGACGGCGAGUGGAGGACAAUCCGAGGGAAGUUCCUGGCUAUAAACGCUGCCAGCAUGAGCUGCGCUUGUCCUCGCAGCCCUAAAGGCCUCUCACCUGCUGCUCACCUGGCGGAUGGCACCACGGAUCUGAUACUGGUCCGAAAAUGUUCCCGCUUCGACUUCCUCAGACACCUCCUCCGACACACCAGCAAAGACGACCAGUUUGACCUGACGUUCGUUGAAGUGCACCGGGUACGGCGUUUCCGCUUCACACCACGUCACUGCCAGAGUGACUCAGACCUGGAGCUGGACUUGCGCGAGACCGGCAAACGCCAGAUCUUCAGCCAGAUCUGCCGAGACCACCCGGCCUGUGGCUGUGCCCCGGCCUACAGCAGCUGGAACUGUGACGGCGAGAUCCUGACCCACACCGCCAUCGAUGUCAGAGUGCACUGCCAGUUGAUCAAACUGUUUGCACGAGGGAUUGAAGAACCAACGGUGUUUGAGGAUCUCACCAACCCCUGUGCAAUAUAGACCCACGCCCCCCCAUUAUUCCGUCAGACACUGGAGUCAUGACUCCGUCUCCGGCCUCUGUCCACGUUACUGCUGCUGCUGCCGUCGCGUGUCACUCAUCACAUGCUUCACCAGGAGACUCGACAGAAUUUACGACUCAAGAGUUGAGCUUCUCCUCGACAAAGAUCAGUACGGAGAGCAACAAAACUUUACUUUCUGGGUCGUAAACUCCUGAAUUGUUUAAGAAAUGAUCAGAAUAUUAUGACCCAGAGAGUAAAGUUUGACCCUCAGAUUUGAUCUGGUUUAUUGUGUUGUUGUUGUGAUGUGAGCAGUUGAAUGGUUGCAGGGUGUCUGGCACCUGAUUUAUUUCGAAUAUGAGAUGAUAUUUUUCACCGAGGUCAAUCUUGAUCAUGACCUGAUCUUGUUACCCUGAAGUUACAAAUGUUGCCUGUUACAGUGACAAAAUAUGAGCUGCUCUAGAGGGAAAACAUCGAAGCCUUUCUGUCUGCCUAUAGAAAGGACUUUUGCUGACUCAGACUUGUAGGUGCUUGCAGAUGGAUUCGUCUUGAUUUCGUGUGUGUUUUGACUCUGACUUUUCUUGUCUCAGACUCGGUCAUGUAGGUGGCUGCAUCUGGACUUGGUCAUCUGGCCAUUCUGACUGUGACUUGUUACACCGUCUUGGGUGUUAUGACUCAUCUUUGUCUCAGUGUCAGCCACCAGUCUUGCCACACAGUUGGGAUUCUCCUUCCCUUUCACUACCUGUUUGUUAGUGUUUUCAAAAUCCCCGUCUGCACUGGAAACUACCUCCAAACUAGCAACCUACACGAGAAAUGCAAGAUUUCCCCGCUUUGCAUGCUUGACCAAAACAAGUUACACUGUCAGGGAACGACACAGAAACUAACAAAUUGAGGCAAACACCAUUCGUGAGCCGCUGCUCCGGGAUUUCAAACCAGACCAACAUGGCGCCUUGUUUGGAAAAUUUCUUACAAAAAAUGCUCACCAAAAAUGUGUUUCUGAAGACAUUGAAGACAGAUUCUGUAACCGCAUGGCUUAUCUCUCGCUUUCAGCGUUGGCUUGACAAUGUGUAGUUUUUAUAGUGUUUCAUGAGUUUCCAGAGGCUUCGCAGUAUCGCAUGGCUUUCUACACAGACAAUGAAUGGGAAGUGUGUAAACCACGGACCCUGUGGACACAUACCUUCUGACUCAGUGUUUUGAAUCUGACUUGUCUCUGUCUUGUGGAUUAUUUUUACUUUGACUUUGACUUUUUUUGAACAGACUGAGAUUUUUCACAUUUAUUCAUCUUACAAGUAGAUUAUGAAUUGUUACAUGAACCAUAGCUCAUUUGCACUUUUUGAAUAGUUUUGAUUAUUUUCAAUACUCUUUUAAUACUUUGGAUUUAUCUGUUGCACGUUUUUAAUGAUGCCAGACACCUGCAAGUCAUUGCUGUGGUCAUAUGAUCAUUAGGGGUCAGGAGUUGACUCACAUUCAAGAUAAGUAGAAAGUAAAUCCCCUGCACAUGGUCAGAGAUUUAUUUUCCACUAAUGACCAGUAACGUGUCUAUUCUUCAGCCGUGUGAAGGUUUCUGUUACAUUCUGUGUCUCCAGCAGGCCCACUCAUUUAUCUCCAGUCCUCCAUGUUCCCAUCUUUCUCAAGAAAAGUUCAGUCUUAACCAUGAAAUUGUAUUUUUUUCAUGUGUCAGGUCCCAGCAAUUGAUGAAAAAAAAAAAAACUAUGACAAAUCUCAGUCAAGGAAAAUGUUGUGUCGGUCAAGCUGGUCGUGGCUGAGCAAGCUGAGUAGUGCACACAUGAAUGUUUUCAAUCUUCCAUUUCUGCUCGAUAUGCAAAUGAACUCAAAACAAAACACAAAUCAUCUGAGCACUAAGUAGAAGAAGAAAUUCUGCUUUUAACAGCAGUGUUUCACACUAACCGUGCAGGUAUUCUGUCUUCAAAAUGAGCUGAAGUUGUAGCCAUAACUUUUCUCUGUGUGACGUGAUUUUCUGAACUCGUCUGUCGGUUUUGUUUCAUAAAACCUGAAGUCAAUCAUCUGAGCCUUCCACAAAUCAAAUAAGAUUCACACGCAACAAAAUACGAAAAAAUACGAAGAAGUGCUUUCAAAUCUGGUGGUAGGGGCCCCACUGAGUGAAUCCUGGUGAUGUCAACCACUUCAGUCUCAACUUCAGUACAAAUACUGGGUUGAUUGCCAUACUUUGGUGGCACAGUCUUCCCCGUCCCCCUCAGGAUUAAUUGUGAAGCGGUGACAAUCCACUUGUCAUCUAGCGCCAUCAUCAGGUCAAAAUCUUCAAAUCAAUUUGUCCAUUAAUUUGGCUUUCAGACCAAAUGCCCUCAAAACUCAUGACAUUCCCAUCAGCCUCAGCUGUAGCAUAGUGACACUAAACUAAGAUGGUGAACAGCUCGGGGCUGCAGAUAAGCAUGUUGGCAUUGUCAUUGUUGGCUUUUAGAGUUGAUCGUAAUGAUUCAAAUCAAACACUGUAGAUGUAUGCAGCCUGAGAAGAGGCCUCGCAAGUAGACAAGAUAAAUAGGGUGGAAUAACUGCACAGGGCUGUAAGUGCAGAUUUUUUGCAGUUAUUGAUUGUUUGUUUAUUUACAAAAGCAGAUUAUUUAUCUUGUUCAAUAAAAAAAACCUAGUUAUGAGUUUUAUUGUAUUAGUGGAAGGUUUCUAUUAUUGAUUUUGAGUUUUGUGAGCGCUGUUUUUUUUUUUUAAUAAGGAAGUUGCACUGUGAAGUCCAGAGUUGAUACUCAACCAUCUGCUCACAAAAACAGGUUCACAUUAUUAGUUUUUUUUUUUUUUUUUUAAAGUUAGAAGUUUUGAAUCACUGUUGGUUUUGUGUCUGAAAGGUUCACAGCAGACAGCUCUGAGCAUGGUGUUAAUGACCUCAUCACCUUUCACUGAGCACCAUCCUCAGGAUGAAGUGUUCGUUUUAAGCCCCACUACUAGUCUCUAAACCAUCAGGCUAUUGCUUGUAAACACUCCAGCUUCUAGGGAACUUUGUCAUUCAGAACAUAAACUAAACAGAUUUUAAAUCAUGUGAUAGUCUCCACGUUAUUUUGGAGAAUAAUUUAUCUUUGACCCUGAGAUGAACCAGACGGGGCAGGAAGUUGAAUCAGCACUGGACUGUAGAUGCUGUUUGUUUGUUUGUUUGUUGUUUGUUUGUUGUCCAGCAGUUCUGUUUCCUCUCUGUGGACAUUGAGCGGGACUCAAACUGACAGAGGAGGGAACCAGUAGCAGCUCACGGUGCUCCAAAACACCAACCAAUCAGCUUUUUUCGGAUCCUAAUCUGACCAAAUACCAGCCGGGGUUUAAUGAUGUAGCUGUUUGUCUGUCUUGGACCGUUGUUUGGUCAUCCUAGAGAUCUUCACAGGUCCAAAAUCUCAGAGACCUCACAGACCUGAUUAGACUAGAAAAUGUGAACUUGGUCCAACUUCAGUGAGAAGGAACCCAGUGGACCUGUGAAGAUCUUGAGCUCAGCUGUCUGUCUAAUGCUGAUUUGUCUCUUUAAAGUUAUAUUGAUGCACAAUCAGAGUCUUAAUGUUUGCUGUAAAAUCCCCAAAUAACAACAAACCAAAUGUGUUGGAAUCAUGCACACAGAGGUCGACUGAUGACAUGUGACUGAAGUGGCUUUUCAAUUAGCAGAGGAUACAGAUAUUUUAUGACAUCUAGCGAGCUGUAAAUAUUAAUUAAAUGUGUCUGUGCUUCACCGUCUUUAUAUUUAGUGCCCAGUCAAAUGAGAAACUCUCAAAUUAAUUUGCACAUUAAUUGUGAAAUAGCCGAUGAUGGAGGCUUGAUGACGACUGAGUAAAUACUUGGCGAGCUGCCGUAGCUGGUAAGCUAACCGCUGUGCUAUAUAGACAGGAACACAUGGGCCCGACAUAAUAGCCUACCUGGCUAUCUCAGAUGCUAACAGGCUGUAGCUAAUCUAGUGAGCCAGGAUGGCUCAUUAUAUUAGCUGAUCUGAAAUCUGAAAACACCUAGUCACACCAGGAAGUGAUCGCUCGCAGGGCAACCCCCAUCGACAGACUAAAUGUUUGCUAAGCAUGUUUCUGCAAUAUUGCAAUGUUGCAACUUCCUGUCUGUUAGGUUGAACUUUCUAUUCCUCUCUUUCUACAAUGCUGUGCUUGGGCUCCUGUUAAGUUUAGGCACAAAAAACACUGAGUGAGGGUUAGGAGAACGUCAUGGUUUGACUUAAAAGACCGGUGUCGGUCGCCAGGCUCUGGAGAUUUCACACCAUUCAUUCAAAGGACAUUUUGUACAAUCAAAUCCUGUCCCGUUAUUGUCAGCCGUGUCUCCGUUGUAGAGCGGUUAAUCAAAUCUAGAUGGUGAAAACACUGCUAACAAGCUAAGCUAAGUCAGCACUGUCACAUCUCGCUAUUGGUCUACUUAACUCAGCUGUGCUUGUUCAUUCAGAGUCAGGAUCUGGAACUAUGAUACGACACUAUGAUGACACGUUAAAAAGAACUACACAAGUCUCCAAAACUGAUUUAAAAACAUGAGGUCUUCUCGUUCUCUCGCGGACAAACUGUAGUUAGCAGUUACUAAGCUAGCUAUGUCGCUAAGUGGACACUAAAAGCAGAUAAUGGAAAGAACCUGUUGGCAUCACUGACUGCUGGGUUAUUGCAAACAUUGCUUCAUGUCUUUGUGGAACUAUUCUUUAAUCACAUCACACAGGGUUGCAUAAAAAUGAAUGGUGAUACGCAGCUUUAGAUGUGGUCCUCAAUUUUGGACAGUCCAGCUCUCCAUUCCCUCACUAGUUGACACUGAAUGAGAUCAGUAGCACAGAUCUGUCAGAGUUGAGGUCGAAGCGAAGACUCCUUACAAACUGACCCAAAGAUGGCAUUGAAAUAAACAGAUUUUGUUAUCAAAAGUUUGCUGAUCCGAAUGCUGUGGCGAGCGGGAGAUCAGUGAAAUACGUUAAAACUCAGAUUAUAAGUGAAUAGGCCGAAUUCUAUAUCAUGAGAUCAUCUGUAGUGAUAAUCUGCUAACAACGUGUAGACUAUGUAGAAUGAAGGAUUGCUAUUUUUACAACUGAUUAUUCUUUAUUAGCUUUCUGAUUAGUUCCAAAACAUUAAAGUGAACUCUCAUGUCCAGCUCUUUUUUUUUCUCAAAGUCCAGUGAUUCUAUAAACGCUUCAGUUAGACUGAAUAAAUGACAGUUUGAUGUAGUGAAUCAGUCGACCUCUAGCUGUACGCUGAGCUGUAACUGAUCUUUACCUUCUGCUGUAGCUGUUUCAUUAUCAGGAAUUAAACACUUAUUCAACUCUU